UGAAUAAUUAUUUUAAAGAAUUAAAAGAUGAAAUUAAAACAGCUUCUUUAUUACAAAAAGGAUUAUUAGUUUUAGGUGUUGUAGCUAUUGGUACAACAACUGCUAUGAUUGGUGUUGUAACAGUAAAUAAUUCUGAAAAAUCAAAAACAGAAAAAGAAGAUUCAAUAUCAUCUUUAGAAGAAUCAAAAACUUCAAAAAAAGAAACAGCAAAAAAUAUAGAAGAAGCUGCUUCUAAAGUUGGACCAGCAGGACCAAGAGGUGAAACUGGACCACAAGGACCACAAGGUGAACCAGGACCGCAAGGACCUAAAGGUGACACAGGUGAUAGAGGACCAGUAGGACCAAGAGGGUUAACAGGACUAGCAGGUGUUCCAGGUGCUAAAGGUGACACAGGUGAAAGAGGACCACAAGGUGAACCAGGACCAAGAGGUGAAAGAGGUGAACCAGGACAAAGAGGNGAAAGAGGUGAACCAGGACAAAGAGGAGAAAGAGGUUUACCAGGACCACAAGGACCAGCAGGACAAAAUGGUGCUCCAGGUGCUAAAGGUGACACAGGUGAUAGAGGACCAGUAGGACCACAAGGACCAGCAGGACAAAAUGGUGCUCCAGGUGCUAAAGGUGACACAGGUGAUAGAGGACCAGUAGGACCACAAGGACCAGCAGGACCAGCUCCAACUGCACAACAAAUAGGAGCGGCAGUUCAAACAUACUUUACAAAUAAUCCAGUAAAUGAUGGUGCAAAUGCUACACCUGAACAAAUAGCAGCAGCAGUUCAAGCAUACUUUACAGCUAAUCCAUUAACAAGAGGACCAGCAGGUGAAAAAGGUGAAAAAGGUGAUCCAGGUGAACAAGGACCACCAGGUGCUGAUGCAACUUUAACAACUGAACAAAUAGAAGGAUUAAAUAAUAUUCAAACAUUAAUAGCAGAUAUUAAUCAAGUAAGAGGAUUUUCAAAUGUCAAUCAAGUAGAAAUUGGUCGAUUAAGAGAUGAUCUAAAUGUUGUUACACAAAAUCUUCAAUUAAAAGAUGAAAUUAAAACAGCAUCUUUAUUACAAAAAGGAUUAUUAGUUUUAGGUGUUGUAGCUAUUGGUACAACAACUGCUAUGAUUGGUGUUGUAUCAGAAAAUAGUUCUGAAAAAUCAAAAACAGAAAAAGAAGAAUCAAUAUCAUCUUUAGAAGAAUCAAAAACUUCAACAAAACAAACAGUAAAAAAUAUAGAAGAAGCUGCUUCUAAAGUUGGACCACAAGGACCUAAAGGUGAAAAAGGUGAAAAAGGUGAUACUGGAGAUACUGGACCAGAAGGACCACCUGGACCACCUGGACCAAGAGGUGCAACAGGACCUAAAGGUGACACAGGUGAAAGAGGACCACAAGGUGAACCAGGACCAAGAGGACCUAAAGGUGAAGAUGGUACACCAGGUACACCAGGUACACAAGGAGAAAGAGGUGCAACAGGACCAGCAGGACCAACAGGUGCUCCAGGUGCUAAAGGUGACACAGGUGAAAGAGGACCACAAGGUGAACCAGGACCAAGAGGUGAAAGAGGUGAACCAGGACAAAGAGGUGAAAGAGGUGAACCAGGACAAAGAGGUGAAAGAGGUUUACCAGGACCACAAGGACCAGCAGGACAAAAUGGUGCUCCAGGUGCUAAAGGUGACACAGGUGAUAGAGGACCAGUAGGACCACAAGGACCUAAAGGUGAAACAGGUGAAAGAGGACAACAAGGACCAAGAGGGUUAACAGGAAUAGCAGGUGCUCCAGGUGCUAAAGGUGACACAGGUGAAAGAGGACCAGCUGGACCAUCUCCAACUGCUGAACAAAUAGCAUCAGCAGUUCAAGCAUACUUUAUACAACACCCAAUAACUAAUGGUGCUAAUGUUACACCUGAACAAAUAGCAGCAGCAGUUCAAGCAUACUUUACAGCUAAUCCAUUAACAAGAGGACCAGCAGGUGAAAAAGGUGAAAAAGGUGAUCCAGGUGAACAAGGACCACAAGCUGCUAUGAUUGGUGUUGUAUCAGUAAAUAAUUCUGAAAAAUCAAAAACAGAAAAAGAAGAAUCAAUAUCAUCUUUAGAAGAGUCAAAAACUUCAACAAAAGAAACAGUAAAAAAUAUAGAAGAAGCUGCUUUUAAAGUUGGACCACAAGGACCACAAGGACCAAGAGGACCACAAGGACCAAGAGGAGAACAAGGACCAAGAGGACCACAAGGACCAGCAGGACAAAAUGGUGCUCCAGGUACUAAAGGUGACACAGGUGAUAGAGGACCACAAGGUGAACCAGGACCAACAGGACCUAAAGGUGAUACAGGUGCAAGAGGACCAGCAGGGGUUCCAGGACCUAAAGGUGAACAAGGACAACAAGGUGAAAGAGGACUGCAAGGUGAACAAGGCACCCAAGGUUUAAGAGGUGAACAAGGACAACAAGGUGAAAGAGGUGAACAAGGACCUGUAGGACCACAAGGUGCACAAGGACAAAGAGGAGAACAAGGACCAGCAGGUGUUCCAGGACCUAAAGGUGACACAGGUGCACAAGGACAAAGAGGAGAACAAGGUUUAAGAGGACCAGCAGGUGUUCCAGGUUCUAAAGGUGACACAGGUGCAAGAGGACCACAAGGUGAACCAGGACCGCAAGGCGAACAAGGACAACAAGGUGAAAGAGGACAACAAGGUGAAAGAGGACAACAAGGUGAAAGAGGACAACAAGGUGAAAGAGGACAACAAGGUGAACAAGGACAACAAGGUGAAAGAGGAGAACAAGGACCAGCAGGUGUUCCAGGACCUAAAGGUGACACAGGUGAACAAGGACAAAGAGGAGAAAGAGGUUUAAGAGGAGAACAAGGACCAGCAGGACAACAAGGUGAAAGAGGUGAACAAGGACCAACAGGACCACAAGGUGAACCAGGACCAAGAGGAGAAAGAGGUGAACCAGGACAAAGAGGAGAAAGAGGUGAACCAGGACAAAGAGGAGAAAGAGGUUUACCAGGACCACAAGGUAUACAAGGUAUUCAAGGUUUAAGAGGCGAACAAGGUAUUCAAGGUUUAAGAGGUGUACAAGGAGAAAGAGGUGAACCAGGACCAGCAGGACCAGCAGGACCAGCAGGACAAAAUGCAUCAUUAGAACAAAUAAAAGAAGCUAUUAAAGAAAUAGCAAAAGAAUCAAAAACUUCAACAAAAAAAACAGUAAAAAAUAUAGAAGAAGCUACUUCUAAAGUUGGACCAGUAGGACCCAAAGGUGACAAAGGUGAUACAGGAGAACCAGGACCCAAAGGUGACAAAGGUGAUACAGGAGAACCAGGACCCAAAGGUGACAAAGGUGAUACAGGGCCAGCAGGUGAUGAUACAAAAUGA